AGACCCAGAUGCUGGUGUUAAUGGUCAAGUUCAUUACAGUUUGGCAAACUUCAACAAUCUUUUCCGAAUCACAUCAAAUGGUAGCAUUUAUACAGCAGUUAAACUGAACAGAGAAGUAAGGGACUAUUAUGAACUUACUGUUGAAGCAACAGACGGAGCUGUGGACCCUCGCCGUUCAACGCUAACUUUAGCAAUCAAGGUGCUGGAUAUUGAUGACAACAGCCCUGUUUUUACUAAUGCUUCCUACACUGUCUGUGUCCCAGAAAAUCUACCACCAGGCACUGUCUUCCUGCAAAUAGAGGCAAAGGAUGUUGAUCUUGGUUCCGAUGUUAACUAUCGAAUACGGACACAGGAAGCACUACAGUAUUUUGCACUGAACAAGUAUACAGGCGAGUUAUCGCUUUUGAAGUCCUUGGAUUACGAAUCAUUCUCUGACACGGAAGCAACCUUCACCUUUCUUGUGGAAGCCUUCGAUAGCAAGGGCACUAUGCCUCCUGGUCUCGCUACUGUCACAGUGAGAGUACAGGACAUGAAUGAUUACUCUCCAGUAUUUAGCAAAAAGCUCUACAGGGGAAUGGUUGCUCCUGAUGCAGUCAAGGGCACCGUUAUCACUACCGUUUCAGCUGAGGAUCAAGAUCCUCCGGGCACACCAGCAAGUCGAGUCCGAUACAAAGUAGAUGUUGUCCAGUUUCCUUACAGUGCCAGCAUUUUUGACGUGGAUGAAAACUCAGGACGCGUAGUAACCCGAGUAAACUUCAAUGAAGCGCCAAGUACAGUGUUUAAGCUAGUGGUCAUUGCAUAUGAUGAUGGGGAUCCUGUGAAGUUCAAUACCACUACCGUAGAAAUUGCUGUGCUGCAGCCUUCAGUAAUUCCACGGUUUACGCAGGAUGAAUACAGACCCCCGCCAGUGAGUGAAAGUGCACCAAAAGGAACUGUGGUCACAGUUGUAACAGCGGCCGCCUUGAACCAGACAAUUGUAUAUUCAAUUGUUUCAGGAAAUGAAGAGGAUGUGUUUGCUAUUAAUAAUAGAACGGGUGUGAUCUCAGUUAAAAAGUCUCUGGAUUAUGAAAGUGUGAAAAGCUAUGAGCUUCGAGUUCAAGCAGACUCCUUGCAAGUGGUACGAUCCAAUCUGCGUGUCCCUUCCAAAAGUAAUACAGCCAAGGUAUUUAUUGAAGUGAAGGAUGAAAAUGACCAUGUGCCUGUCUUCACCAAAAAAAUGUACAUUGGGGGAGUGUCUGAAGAUGCCAAAAUGUUUUCUUCUGUGCUUAAAGUUAAGGCUGAUGAUAAAGACACUGGGAAUUACAGUGCCAUGCAAUACAGACUCAUCAUUCCUCCAAUCAAGGAUGGUAAAGAAGGUUUUGUGAUUGAAGCUUAUACAGGGCUAAUAAAAACUGCUAUGCUGUUCAAAAAUAUGAGAAGAUCCUAUUUCAAGUUUCAGGUCAUUGCAACUGACAAUUAUGGAAAAGGACUGAGCAGCAAAGCAGAAGUACUUGUCUCUGUGGUCAAUCAGUUGGAUAUGCAAGUCAUCGUCUCUAAUGUUCCUCCCACCCUUGUGGAACAAAACAAAGAUCAACUCAUAGGGAUUUUGGAACGCUAUGUCCAAGAUCAGAUUCCCGGUGCGACGGUCGUGGUGGAAUCCAUCGGUGCGCGGAGGUUUGGUGAUGGGUACUCUGAAGAGGAUUACACCAAGUCUGACCUCAUGGUCUACGCAAUCGACCCGCAAACAAAUAGAGCUAUAAUGAGGAACGAACUUUUUAAGUUCCUGGAUGGCAAACUGCUGGAUAUCAAUAAAGAGUUUCAGCCAUACCUGGGGCAGGGUGGACGCAUCCUGGAGAUCCGCACCCCGGACGUGGUAGCGAACGUGAAGAAGCAGGCGCAAGCCGUAGGCUACACGGAAGGCGCGUUACUUGCUCUGGCCGUCAUAAUCAUCCUUUGCUGUAUGCCAGCUAUUUUAAUAGUUAUGGUCAGCUACAGACAGCGACAGGCCGAAUGUGCAAAGACUGCGAGAAUCCAGAUGGCUUUACCAGCAGGCAAACCAGCAAGCACCGCUGCAAAUAACCUCUAUGAAGAGCUUGGCGACAGCACCAUGCGAGGAUAUGCACAGCAAGAGCAACAGCAGUUGCUGAGACCUUCUCUUCUCAGACCAGAGGAGUUAAGUAUGGAGUCUGGAAUUGAUCCAGGGCAGGAAUACUAUGGGCAAGAUUACUACAGUUAUGAGCAUGGGUAUGAACUGCCUCAGUAUGGGAGCCGCCGCCGAUUGCUGUCUCCUUCGGGGAUGUACGAUGAGUACGGGGAAGUCGUGGUGGAGAAUGACAGUGGCUACUACUAUAGCCCGCAUGGAUCGACAGCAGAAGAGUGGGCCAGAAAGAAAAGGAUCAAGUUGAUAGUCGACCCAGAGUAUGAGACCAGCUCCACCGGAGAAGACAGCGCUCCCGAUUCCAGCCAGAGGAAUCGUCUUAAUAACCCGAAUAUUCACAACAACAUCAACGGUAACAUCUACAUUGCACAGAACGGCUCUGUUGUCAGAACCCGUCGCGUUUGCCUUGGUAAUAAUUUAAAAGUCACAUCUCCAGUGAGGCUGGGGAAACAAUUCAAGAAACUGGACAAGCUUGCAGUGACACACGAAGAGAACGUCCCACUGAACACAUUGUCAAAGGGACCAUCUUCUAGUGAUAAAAUGAACACAAGACCUUGCAGCGUCUCAUUUGCUUCCUCUACGAUAGGGGCCGAAAAUAUAGUAACAAAGCCAGGGGGCUCCAAAAUGAAAAGCACAGAAGAGCAAGAGUCAGUUGUUGAUAAUGAGGAUGUCAAAGAGCCCUUGGAGUCGCACAGUGAACACACACAGUCAGAUGAAGAGGAGCUCUGGAUGGGCCCUUGGAACAACCUUCACAUACCAAUGACAAAACUGUGAUUUUAUUUUUUUUUUUAUUUUAAUUUUUACUUCAGUUUAUAAUAAACUGCGCUUUUUAUUGUCACUGAGGAAAAUGUAUGAAAUUUGUAUUGUGCACAUAUGUUGUAUACUACAAACGACACGCUUUAAAGUUUAAAAACAAAAUUUGCACUCACAUUUGUACCAAUUAAUUGUCCUCCCCAACAACUAUUUUGACAGGCUCCCAUUUCACUAAACAAUACUUCAUUUAAAUUAAUUAGGUUUUUUGGAUCUUGAUUUAUUGUUUAAUAAACAGUAAACUACUAAUAAAUGCACAGCAACACUUGGUUAACUUUCAAACAGUUCUAUACAUGCCUAGCUUGUUUUUCUGUAUGGUACUUGUGGCUAUACUGUUUAGAUUUGGAAAUUGUCUAUUUAUGUUCAAGAUUUAUAUCCAGAGCUCUUGAUUUUGAACUCAGAGUAAUAAAUUAAAAAUAAAUCCAUG